AUGCCGGGUACAUUCCAUCCCGGGAUGCCUCAAGGAGUUCAUGCCGGUCAUGCCAUGGCCCCGGGGAUGGCCCAUAACCCUAGCCAGCCCGGAAGCCAGCAAGGGAUGGCCCCUCAGAUGGCUGGCCACAUGGUAUCUGCGCCCGGCGGUCAGCCGAAUCCGGCGGCAUUCAUGGCUGGUAUGCAUCCAAACAAUCCGCAUGGGCAAGCCAUGCAGCAAAUGAACCCCCAGUUAUUCCAUCAGCAGCAGCAGGCACAACACCAGGCACAGUUGAUGGCUGCACAGAACCCUGCUCUUGCUGCUCAAAUGAGACAGCAGCAGAUGAUGAAUCAACAACGACAACAGCAGAUGUUGGCACAGCAGCAGGGAAUAUACGGCAGCAUGGCCGGCAACGGCAUGCCGGUAGGACAACACAUGGGCCCGAAUGUCCAGAUGACUGCUCAGCAGUUUCAGCAAAUAAGAAAUAAUAUGAAUGGCAUGAGGCCCAUGGGUGUUCCAACGCAUAUUCAACAGGCCCAUCUUGCUCAGGGCCAGCACCCGCACAACAUGCAGCAGCAAGCUAUGAUGCAGCACUUAUUGCAACAGCAGCAGCAGCAGCAGCAACAACAAAUGCAACACGCCGGCCAGCCUGGGCAUCCUGGACAAAUGAACCCCCAGCAGCAGAUGAUGAACCACAAUGCUGCCCUUGCUCAACAGAUGGCUACAAUGCAACAGGCUCAACAGGCUCAGCAAGCCCAGCAAGCCCAGCAAGCUCAGCAGGCCCAGCAGGCUCAGCAGGCUCAACAGGCCCAGCAACAGCAAGCUCAGCAGGCUGCUCAAAAUCAACAGGCCCAGCAGGCUCAACAGGCUCAACAGGCCCAGCAAGCUGCACAGAAUCAACAACAGCAAGCUGCCCAGCAGCAACAGGCCCAGCAGCAGCAACAAGCAGCUCAGCAACAGCAACAAGCUGCCCAACAGCAGCAGCAACAGCAGCAAGCUUCACAGGCAAACCAGCCUACGCCUCAGGCUCCUGGUCAACAAACACAGCCACAACCAGCUGCGCAAGCCGGACCACAAGCGCAAAAUACCACGCAGCCUCCACCCCAAGCUUCUACUCCAGCCAACAGCCAAACGAGUCAGCCGCCAACUCAGCAGCAGACGCCUGCUCAGGCAAAUCAACCUACGCCUCAGGCUCAGGCGCAGCAAGGACAAGCGCCAAACCCACAACAACCGCAACCCCAGGGGCCCAACCUUCAGCUUCUGCAGGCUGCUCAAAUGAAGAACUUUCAGAUGCAGCAACAGCAGAUGCAAAAGAAUGAGGGGAAUAUCCGGGGCCAGUGUAUAUUGAAACUUGUAUCCUUUGCCGAACAUUUGAAUGCUUUUACGGGGCCCGUGGACGAUCAUGACGAGUAUUGGCCGAGUUUUGUUAGGCAAUUCUUUUCACCCACUGGCACAUUUCGAUAUGGUCUGAUGGACAUCAGCUCGCCAGAGGCAACUGAGAAGACGUAUGAGAUUGUUGCAUCUGCACUUGGACGAUACUUUCAAUUGCACUUUCGAGGUGGUGUUACACGGAUUCAACUGGCGUUUGGCUCUCGCAUGAUCGACAAGAGUCUUCCAGAUGGAUCUCAUUAUCUGGAGAAUGCCGAUUCGUGUAUCACAUACUCAUUUGGUGACACCACGCGAGUGAUCACGAAUGGUCGGUUACAAGCCAUUUUUGAUACGAAUCAGAAGCUGUCACUGUUUGAGUUCACUACGACUGCACAGGAAGAAUACCUGUCCAGGUCCAUGGUCCUUCAUUCCGCUUUGCCCAACCACAACUGGGUCAAGGACUGGAACAAGCUCAACUUCGGGGAUGCCAAACAAUCUCCAGAAAUGAGUAAGAAGGGCAAGGCCAAACAGUUCAAAUCGCCGAACACGGCUCCUCCCGAGAUCGAUUUGCCUCACUCCUCCAUCAACCAAAAUUUUGGUGUCCCCUCGUCCGUGUUCCAGUAUCUGGAAAUGGUUGAGGUUAUGAACCUGCUCAACCCCCUCAUGUCAUAUUCGCUGCAGAAUCCUCAAUACUCGCCCAACCAGGCACUUCGCGAAUACGUCAACCAACAUGUUGCCAACGGAGUAGCACAAAAUAUGAUGAAUGGCCAGCCUGGGGGCGUCAUGGGAAACCCGCGGACGCCCAGCUUUAGCCAAUUCAACUUGGGAGCUUCACCAGCAGCGGCCCAUCAUCAGCUACCCGGAUCGCCUCACAUGGGUGGUAGCCCGGCUCUCAGCCACAUGCAGGCUCCCGGCAUGGCUCUGCAACAGAGUCAACAGGGCACAAGUUCCAGUGGUCCCAGUGCCAACACAAGCCCGGCAAGCAACAAGCGUCGACGACCGUCGGGCGUGAAGAAUGAAGAUGACAGCGGUGCUGCCACGCCAGCAAGCAUGGGCGGAGCACCUCAAGUCAACGGUAUGGGCAAGGCCAAACCGCCGACGCCGCGGAUACCACAGAAGCGUGUCAAGGCCAGCUCUUAG